AUUUUCGAUUUUGUUUUAGUUCCUACGCUCGAGAUUGAGAUAUUAGGGUUUUAGCGUACGAUUUCGUUCAUCUCCUCCUCUAAGAGUACUUAACGAUGUUAGGUGGUUUGUAUAAUAUACUUUGAUACGAAUGUAUGAUUUUGCUGUGGCGAAUUGUGAAUUGCAUUUUUGUAAGGUCUGAAGAUGUUUUUUAUUUAUUUUAUUUUCCGAAUUGUGAAUUGUGGGUCUUUAAUUAGAAGACCAACCAUGAGUUCAGCAGAGAGAAGGAGCAGGAAGAUUCAUACAGAUCGUUUUGCUUACCGUGAUGAUCCUUAUCGAAGAGAUUUACUUCCAAUUCCAAGUUUCAGCCAAGAUAAUACAUGCAAUAACUGCAAGCGGCCUGGUCAUUUUGCUCGAGAUUGUCCCCAUGUCUCAAUCUGCCACAACUGUGGCCUUCCUGGGCACAUUGUAUCAGAAUGCUCCACAAAGUCGCUGUGUUGGAACUGCCGUGAACCAGGUCACAUGGCUAAUAGCUGCACCAACGAAGGCAUUUGUCACAGCUGUGGUAUAGCCGGACACCGAGCUAAAGGCUGCACAGCUCGCCAGCUCCCACCUGGAGACCUUAGACUCUGCAACAACUGUUACAAGCAAGGCCACUUUGCAGCAGAUUGCACUAACGAGAAAGCAUGCAACAACUGCAGGAUGACUGGUCAUUUGGCGCGUGACUGUAGAGACGAUCCUGUCUGCAACCUGUGUAAUGUCGCUGGUCACCUUGCUGUUAAAUGCCCAAAAACAGAUGGACUAGCAGGAGACCGAAGACCACGUGGGAUCAGAGGCGUGCAUCGUCGUGGCGGCUAUAACCGAGACCAGUACGAGGAAGACAUUGUGUGUAGGAACUACCAGCAAAUGGGGCAUAUGAGCAGAGACUGCACAGCUCGGUUGAUGAUAUGUCGUAAUUGUGGUGGAAGAGGCCACAUUGCCUAUGAUUGUCCUUCUGCGAGAUUUGUGAACAAUCAGUUUCCCUUAAGUUUCGACUUCCAGCUUUUGAAACCUGAUAUACGACUGAGAAAUCAUUAUAUCUUCCGCCAUUCUCACCGCUUUCGCCGCUAUAGAACGCCAUCAGUUCAUCGACCAUGUCAUCGUCCAAGCAUAUUCGUAGAUUAUUUUCUUCUCGAUAUGUGCAUCGGUGAUUUUGUUUAUGAACCCAUGGAUAACUGCAUAAAUUUGUGAUCUUUGAGAAUUAA